AUGCCAAUUAUUAAAAGCCGUGUCCAUGCCGAUGAACUCCAUGCGGCGAAGAACGCGCUCACCGCUGCCAAUCGCGAGGCCGACGCGCUGCACCAGCAGGUGCUCGAACAGCGCGCGCAACUCGACCAGCGUGCUCAGCAAAACGCGAGGCUUGCUGCGGAGCUUGUGGAGGCUGAGACGAAGCUGGAAGAGGCGCACCGCCAGCUCGCCGAGAUGCAGGCACACGCCCAAGUGCGAGAGGAGCACCACCGCGAACAGGUGCACCGCAUGGCGCAGAACUUGCGCACUCUGGAGGAUAUGGUUCAGGCGUCGCGGCGGAGCGAGAGGGAAGGACCGAGUUGGAUGUACCACCGUGGGCAGAGCGCCGGCAACAGUUCCACGGACGACGCAGGCCGGGCUCGGCAGCGUGGGGAGUUGAUCUGCUCCCAAACGAGUGCGGCGUUGCAGCGGCCGCCGGCUGUGCCGACACGAGGCGACAAGGCUGUACGAGAGCAGCACCGCCCGCCGCCUAGCCCCUCUCCGGCGGCAAGUCCACCGAUCUCCGCGCAGGCUUUGUACUGGCAGGAGCAGCUGCUUGACUUCAGUCAGCGUGCGGCCGAGGGCUUUGGCGAAGUGCAGCGACAGCUGCGCCACUGCCUGCCUCCCUCGCCCCCUAGCACCUCGCCUGCGGCCGCAGGCAGUAAUGCACACUCUGACCAGGAACCGCUUGCUACCAGUGCAUCUCCCGUCCCUGAUGCAUAUCGAUGGAGCCGGCAGCUGCGCCGCCUCCACGCACAGUUCGACGAAGUAGUGCAGGCCGACUCGAAGCUCAUCAGCUUCCUGCUCCUCGUGGCGCAGCAACAGGGCCAGCAGAUUCGCACCCUUCAGGAGCGGUGGGCCGAGGCACAGAACACUGUGCGAGAGGCGGAAGCGGUGCUGGACGAAGCGAGCGCGCGAGUGUCCCGUAAUGCACAGGAAUCGGCGGUGUUGCGCCAAGAGUGCGCCGUCCUUACAGAGGCGCAGACAGCCCUGCAGGCGCAGCUCACCAACCGCACCCGCGAGCACCAAGCCGCCGUCGCUGCCCUACAUCGUCUGCAGGAGGCGCACGCGCAACUCACCAACGCUCGCACGAGGCAAGAGGAGAUGUGGACCACGCGCCUGACGCAGGCUGCUGAGCUCCAGCAGCAGGCCAGCAACUACGCACAGAAGCUCGAGGCAGCGUUACUCGAUAAGGAGCAGCUCAUGUCUGCGGCGGCGGCAUCGGCUGAGCAGGGGCUUCGGCGAGAAGUCCUCGAAGCCGCCAAGAAACGUGUGGCGGUGUUUUUGAGACAGCUCAACGCCUCCGUAGAGGAGCUGCACUGCUCUCUAGCAAGUCUCUCCAGCCCACCACCCUCGUUGGCGCCCGCCGCUUCGGCCGUGGCAGGGGGCACCCUGCAGAAGGUGUCGUCGGCCGCCUCGCCGGAGCCCUCCCCGCCAGGGGCGUCCUCAUCGGCAUACUCCGCCUCUCUCUCACCCUUACCACCGUCUUUCAGUCAAUCGCUCCUGUUGCCCGGGAGCUUGACUGCUGCGUCGAUGUAG